GGGUCGAUCCCUUCGAAGGCUAGGGUAGGCUAGGGUAAAUUUAGUAGCGACGCCAGGGGGGGCCGAACAAUCCGCCACGCAGUCCGGUCGAGGAUCACCGACAUGACGCACUGCGACGGCUUAUUUUUCCUUUGACCGGGGUUACAUCGCGAUGAUUGGGUGCCUCGGAAUCGAGGGCGCGAUCUUGCCAUCCACCGCGAUCGAAGGACUCCGGAGAUGCACGAACGUUACACGUCGCGUUCAGAAUGUUGGUCGAUUUCUCUCCCCUCUCAUGCAAUGCAGACCUGGCAUGGCAUGGCAGGGUGUCCCUCCGGAUGAUGUCAUGGAGGGGAGGAUUGUGUGUCGGGCAGAGGGUGAAGUCGCAAAGUUGGAGCCUUGGUCGAUGGUUUCGCCGACGGGUGGAUGGGAACCGGGAUGGGGAUUAAUAGUGGGUUCAUUAUGGUCUUAUUAUUACUCCUAUGGACUCUAGGGAUUCCCUUGGGUUCAUGGCUGGGGUUAUUUAUUUACACUGCGGCUCAGACCCGGUCUUUUUGGUUUGUUCUUGUUUUUUGUUUCCCACCAUCGUGUGAUUUUCGGCUCCCCGAGGACUGCGUAUAUGACCGAGGGAGGUAUGAGGUGAAGUCAUCGAGUGAGCUAUAUCUGGAGAGCUCGAGAGAUCCACCGAAAAAGCAGACACACUCUGACAUCCCAUUGAAAUCGACCUAUCCUGUUGGUGUACAGCAGAAGAGCAAGAGCAAGAGCAAAAGCAAAGAAAGAAGAGAAAGAAAAGCGAAUGUUGCGCUCAGGCCGUCCCGUGACCCCGGAGCCCCUUUCUGCGCGCCGUCCAAUCGCCGCCGUUCUGCCGCGAGUCUCCGCCGUCGGGCGUCGUCUUGGCCUGAGUCCUCAGGUUCUUCAUCGUCCACCACGGCGUCUCCUCGUCCGCCUCGUCUCCCUUUUCUCCCCCCGUCGGCUUCCCCCUCGGAAACGGCGUCCUUCUCGCCCUCCCAUUUGCACCCGCUUUCAUCGUCCGAGGCUGAAGACUCCGCCGCCCCCUGCUCUCGCUUCUCGCGUGGCUACCGCAUUCCGCGCCCGUCGUUCGAGGCCCACCGGCCUGCAUUGUCCUCGGUCGAUCGCUCCUCGCGAUCCCUGCCCCGGUCGAGAGACUCUUCCUGGAUCCCCCCCGCCAUUCUUCGCCCGCCCUCCGUGCGACUCGCCAACCCCGUCAACUACGUCCCGCGAGCCACCCCUAUUGCCCUGCCUCAUCCGUUCCAGAUCUCCGACGACAACCUCCCGCUCGAAGCUCAUCGCGACGCCUACCCGCUCCUCUCCAUCCCCGAGCAACGUCGCAGCCGACUGACCCCCUCUCCCAACAGCUUGGUCGUCGAACACAGUCAGGGGGAGCUCGAGAGUGGGCGCUCUAGCAUCGCACUGCCUCGAGGGAGGCGCAGUGGCGCGUUUGACCAUCGCGGCCUUUCUCAGGAGAUGUCCGAGCCGACGGUCAGGAAUGACAGCCGGGAGGCAAGCAGUCUUCGUCCGCCCGAUCGGGCCCUUCUCGGGCUCGAUUCCGCCGGUCCACGAGGCCCCUAUGAUGAUGAGCGACCUCGACAUGUGCAGUCGCAGACCUCCCUACGGUCCCAAUCGCAGAUCGCCUCGAUUCCCUCCAACAACAUCAUCCCCCCGGCCAGUGGCGAACCAGAAGUGGCGGAAGAACUAGCUUGGGGCCCGGCCCAUCCGUGUUUCCCUCAUAUCAACUCCCAUGUGCCCAUCGGAUCCGAUGAAUUCAUGACGACGCGACUCAUUCGCAUUCGGCGCGAUUGGAUGGUCAAGGGGGACCUGGCGCCGACCUUCUCGAACCUUUACCCGGAAAUCCUAGACCCGUUGCUGCCGGAGCAAGAGUUUCGCAAAGUGAUCGCGACGGUGAACGACGAACUGAUCAAGGCCUUUGACCCGUUCAGCUUCCGAAACUGGCUGGAUGGCGCGUUGGGAUUGCUCACGGGCUGGCUGUGGGAGGACAUCGGCGCGCCCGCCAUCAAGGGUCACCUUCGGCGGGUGGAAGACUGGAUCGAGAAGUGGAACCGAGAAGUCGGUGCCAAGGACGGGGUGCAUAUCUGGAGUCUUCGACGGACGGCCUACAUGUCCCUGGAUAUCCAGAUCCCCGAUCCCAAGGUCGGUAUCAUCCACAGCGAGGGCGGGACGUCCAUCCCGGGCACCAGACCGAGCAGCGGUGUUUGAGCCUGCUGUCCGUCCUUCAUUGACCUUUCUUUUCCUUUUUAUUCCCCUUCUUCUUUUUCUCUUCUUCUUCUUCUUCUUCUUCUUUUUGUUUCUAUUGGAUUGUAUUUCCCCCUUUUCUAUUCUUUUUUAAUUCCUUCUUCCCACCUGAAGUGGCAGCUGCAUGGAUUCUAGCGAACUUUGGAUGUGACCCUGGAUCCCCCCUUUUUCUU